AUGAUCGAAAGACUUCUCGCUUACUUGGAACAAUGCGACAAAUCUAAAGCACUACUGGAAGAAUGGCUCAGCCAUAGAAUUAAGCUAGAGGCAAAGCUACGUAAGCUCGCAAGACAGUUUGAUAAAUGGGAACUGGAAUUUAACUCUGUGAAGAAGAAGGGUUCUGCUGCAAUCUCCACGGAAGCUGAAGCUAACAUCAGUGCCGGUACGUUGUUGGCAUAA